AUUUGGGCGUUGGACUCUGCAUCUUAUUAGCAACAAGGGAGAUUUCUCCAUUUUCCACCCUGUCUACAGCAACAAACCUGGGAUUUUUAUUACUUCUCUCAACUUCGCGGGCGGUUUUUUUGUGAGAAAUACCAAUUUUGUGCAUUUUAUCAAGACUGAGAUUACUUGCAGAGUAAACUUUUCAAAGAAGAUCUUUCUACAUUUCUUGUAUAUAAGUAAGACACCGAAGUCUUUGUUCUCUUUUGGAUCGGUUCAGUUUCUUUGUUGGACAGAAAGCAUGGGAGCGCAAUUCUCCAAGACCGCUGCAAAAGGCGAAACCGCUGCUGAAAUACCGGGAGAAGCCGCUGCUGCCUCCCCUUCAAAGACAAACGGACAGGAAAAUGGCCAUGUGAAAGUAAAUGGUGACACCUCUGCAGCAGAAGCUGGGAAGGAGGAGGCUCAGGCAAAUGGAAGUGCCCCAGCUGAGGACAAUCCCAAAGAGGAGGAAGAAAAAACUGAGGCAGCUGCUGCUGCCGACAAGGAAAGCACCGAGGGAGACAAGGAGAAUGCAGAGGCAGCCUCUCCCGCUGAAGGAGAGGGUUCUUCCAAGGCAGAGGAUGGGGCCACACCCUCGACCAGCAGCGAAACCCCCAAAAAGAAAAAGAAGCGCUUCUCCUUCAAGAAGUCCUUUAAACUCAGCGGCUUCUCCUUCAAGAAGAACAAAAAGGAGACCGGCGAGGGGGCUGAGAAUGAAGGGGCAACUGCCUCCACAGAGGAGGCAAAGGACGAGGCAGCUGUGGCACCAGAGGCCACCAGUACAGAGGAAAGCAAGCCUGCCCAGGAGGAGGCUGCACCUGCUGCCCCUUCCACCAGCACAGAGGAGACAAAGGAGGCCAGCUCUACACAAGAGGCCAAAUCUGAAGAGACCCCAUCAGCAAAGCCUGCUGUGGAGGUGACCCAAGCAGUGACUGCCCCUGCAGCUGAAGAGCCAAAACCAGCAGAGGAGAAGCCAGCACCAGCAGCAGAGGAGAAGCCAGCACCAGCAGCAGAGAAACCAGCAGAGGCAGCUCCUGCCCCUGAAGCAAAGUCCACUGAACAGGGAGCACCAAAAGCAGAAGAGCCCGCCCCCACACCUGCCACACAAGAAGCUCCUUCUGAGUCCAGCUCUGAGGCCCCAGCUGCUGCUGCUGCAGAGUAGAGCUUGAACCCCCACAGAAAAGAGGGGGAAAAAAAGAUAAUCUGAACUUUUCUUCCCUGCUUGUUUGUUUGGAGUGGUGCCAGGUACUGGUUUUGGAGAACUUGUCUACAACCAGGGAUAUUUUUAAAGGUGUGUGGUGUUUGUGGUUUUUUUUUUUUUUUUUUGUUUUGUUUUUGUUGUUUUUCCCCACACAAAUCCCAUGUCAUUUCAAUAUUACCAUUCCAACUGGCAGUGAAGUCCACGGCUUAAAAAAAAAAAAAAAAUUUGCAACACUUUUUUUGCAUCAGUAUUAAUGUGUUUUGCAUAUGUUUUGCUUUUUUUUUUCUGAAAAUGUAAACUUGUCAAUAUAUGGACAUGCCUGUGGUAUGAAGGAGAUGAUUGGUUGUUUAUGGGGUAUCAAACUUAAAAUGAAGUGAUGGGGAGCCACAAUUAAGUGGCGCUGUGCCUAAAUGUGCCACAGAUGUUAAUUGGUCUUUAAGAAAAUGAAGAGUCUGUGUGAGAAGUGUACCAUAAGGUUUAUAACACUAAGUCAUUUUUUACUACAAUAAAAUCAGUUCCCAGAUGAAAUAGUUUUAGCAAGUCCUAGGAUCUCUUCUCUCCUUUCUUUCUCUCUCUCUCUCUCUCUCCUUUCUCUCAUUAGCUGUACCAGUCGGUGAUUUAAGUAGAAAUACAAGUUGUAUAGGCUUUAUUGUUUAUUGCUGGCUUCAUGAUCUUUAAUAAAGUGUAAGUAUGUAUUACCAGCAGGGUGUUUUUAACUGUGAUUAUUGUAUAAAUGAAAUCUUGAUAUCAAGAAGCACAUGAAGUUUGCAGCUCUUUUUCCACCCUGCUUAUUUUUGUAAAAUAAUAAACAAGUCAUCCUGGAAGACCUUUUAAAAACCAUUUUAAACUCAAAGCUGUGAUAAGUGGAAUGGUUCCUGUUUAUAUACUGUGGUAUGUUUUUGAUUACAGCAGACAAUGUUUUUUUUUUUUUUUUUUUUUUGGUCUGAUGAUUUAAGGGGAAAUCUGAUGCAAUGUUUGUGCAGCAUCUUGUCUAUCAGUUCUUUUUCUUUGUAAAUACUGGAGAAGCUUUGACCAAUUUGACUUAGAAAUGGAAUGUAAGUUUGCUUACAAAAAAAAUUGCUAUUAAACUCCUCUGCUAAAGGUGUUCUGAUUUUCUGUGAGCACAUGAAAAGCGAAAAAUAAAUGUGAAUAAAAUUUGACAAUGACAA